GGUCAAUUUAAGCUACUAUCCCUUUUUAACUAGUUAUGAACGGUAAGCUAAUUAAAACCGGAGCAUAAUCCUAUGCAAAUGCAAUUUUUAGUCCUGCGCCUAGUCACUGGCAUACCACACCACACCUAUGUUUGUCGGAUUUGAUCUUAUCGUUUCUUUUUUUCUCGCCUCACUUGCAUUGAAUUUUCCCCUGCCUCCGAUCGCCGUCUCGUCCCUCCAUACUAUAAACACUUAGACUUCUCCAAUUGCCUUCUCCUUCCUUCCUUCCCCCUUUCGGCCUUAAUUCCUUCCUUCUUUCCCAUCAACCACCUUUUUCCAUGUUGCUACACUGGAUUAUAUCAAAAAGCUAAAGGUAAAGCUGAAGGAAAAAGGAAACAAUGUGGAGCAGAUUAUGGUCCUCCUCUGCCCCCGGGGUUUUGAAGCGCACUCUGUUAGCCGCCAACACUCAAUCCCUCUCAACACCACCGCGAUGCACCACCACCAGGACUAUUGAUUCCUCUGCCUAUUCUUAUUAUUAUUAUUCUGGUAGGGGAGGAGGAGCUGCUGCUGAUGCUUCAACUCCAUUCUGCAAAAUCAAAUCCAUUUGUUUUUCUUCCGCUAUUGAUGCUGAUGCUGAAGCUUCUUCUCCCUCCUCCAAUAAUAAUAACAAUAAUAAGAAUGAUAAAAAUAUAUUGAUAACAAGUUCGGAGGCGAAGAGGCUGAUGAGACUGGUGAAUGUGGAGGCCCUCAAGAUGAAGCUUGGCAUGGAAUCCAGGGAAAUUAUCCCUUUCUCAGACCUCCUCGAAGCCUGCCAGAGCAUCGGUAUUGCCAGAUCUCACGAUGAGGCCGUUACUUUUGCCCAUGUCCUUGAUGAUGCUGGGGUCGUCCUUCUCUUCCGCGACCAAGUCUAUCUUCAUCCUGAUAAGGUGGUAGAUCUGAUAAGAAGAGCAGUGCCGCUCGCUUUAACUCCUGAAGACGACCCUGCAAGAGAUGAGCUAAAGAUGCUUCAGGAGAAGAAAGAAGAAAUUGAUGUACAGGCACAUAAGGAGGUUCGCCGGAUCCUCUAUAGUGGAUUGUGUUUAGCUUUAUUGCAGGUUGGGCUGUUUUUCCGGCUAACAUUUUGGGAAUUUUCAUGGGAUGUGAUGGAACCUAUUGCAUUUUUCGCCACAACCUCUAGCAUAGUCAUAGGUUAUGCCUACUUCCUGAUCACUGCAAGAGAUCCAAGUUACCAAGACCUAAUGAAGAGGCUGUUUCUCUCAAGGCAAAGGAAGUUGUUCAAGAAGCUUAAUUUUGAUGUUGAGAGAUUCAAGGAGUUACAACUUAAACAGAAAUCACCUCUGGAUGCCACAGCCUCUAUUAAAAAACGUGUAGGGAUGAAACUGGAACUGGACGAUGCCAUGCACAAGUAGUCACCUCUUGCUUUGGUUUGAAAGAUGGGAAUCCAAGUAGGAUUUUCGAAACCUUUCGUGAGAAUUUAUCCCACUAACCAUCUUGGUCCCUCCCGCCUUGCUAAAGGAUUAACAUCAUUCUUCUUUUGAGAAAAUACUAUUUGCUGAUUUGUCGUAGCUCUCUCAUUUUUUGGUAAAAAUUUCGUUCUAUUAGCAGUGCUGGAUCCUGUAUUUUUUUUGUUGAACAGCAUAUCGUAAUGCUGAAAGCAUCGAUGCCCAUGCCAUUCAGAUGCUGACCAUCAGAUACUAAAUUUCUUUGAAAUUACUGCCUCUUUCCACGAUUA